GUGAUUACAGCGCUCAGACUUAUAUAAUAACAAGUAUACGCUACUGUGCACACAGCGUCAGUUGACGUUCAGCUGCCCUUAUCGCGACUAGUUGUCUUUCCAGCGCGCACGUGGUUGAUAGCAGCAAUGGCUGAGGAUCGCUAUGCUGAGUACAAAGAGGCUUUUACCCUCUUUGACAGCGAUGGAGAUGGCUUUAUCACAACCAAAGAGCUUGGGACAGUGCUCCGUGCCCUUGGCAAAUCGCCAACCGAGGCGGAAAUCAAGGCCAUCGUGAAGGACAUAGACCCGGACAACCGUGGCGUUGUGGAUUACAAAGAGUUCGAGAAAAUCAUGUCCCGCGAUAUCCGGGAAUAUGAUAACGAGCAGGACUUGAAGGCAGCGUGGAAGGUGUUUGACAAGGCGGGCCAGGGCUUCAUCUCCACCGGCGAGCUGCGCCACGUGCUGACCAGCGUGGGUGAGAAGCUGAGCCCCGAGGAGAUCAGCGAGAUGAUUGCGGAGGCGGACCCGGAGAAGAGCGGCAAGGUGAUGUACGACACCUUCAUCAAGGUCAUGCUCGCCCGGUGAUGCGUGUUGGGGAACCUUGUUUGCUUGCAAAGGGGGUGUGGGACUUCCGUUGUGCGUACGCGUUUUGCAAUGGCCAGGAGGUAUGUGCGACGCGCUUGCCUGGCUUACGUGGGUGCGGAGGUCGCAGGUGAAUGCGGAAGCAACUGGAGUUUCACUGCCUAGCAUCGCUAGCUCGUCAGUGUUAAUGCGAAGGGUUAAAGGGGAAGAAAGUGCAUGGCAGUCUGGGAUGUCCCGGAUAUGUCUGUCGGUUCGGGGCUAUGGAAGAGCGUUUUUGGGGGUGGCGGCUGGGAAGGUGUAGUGUUAGAAGGGUGGCCGAGCGGUGUGGGAGAUGCUGUUCGCAUUGGUCCUCCUCUUAGCUGGGCUAACCGGUGGAUCCAAGAACAGGGAUGAUUGUGGUGGUUUAGGAUGCGCUGUUGAAACAGGUUACAAGUGCGUGGGUGGCAUGCGUACCCGUUGACGGCUCGUGACAAGUUGGUCAUCAAGCUCAACGCCGUAGGAUAUUAGCUGAUGCAAUACUCAACCGACUUCCAGGCAGCUCGCGCUGCCCAGCAUCCUGGCUUGUCUCUGGGUCACUCCACCGUAUGUUAAUAGGACUGUCCGCACGGGGCUACCCACUGUGUAGCCCGUGCCUAAGGACGGUCGUUAGCGCAGGCUGUGUUUAGCGCCCAUUGGCGUUACGCUAUCCUUGUAACACCGCCAUGCGGGACUACGUCCAGCACACUCCGUACACUUAGC